AUGAAGCAAGGGGAUAUUCGCAAGGAGCUUGAGGAAAGCGUGUGCUGGGCAAAUGCUCCUCCGGCACCAACCCCCGGCAUGUGCUACAUCGAGCCGCAGAUCAAAAGAGACUUCACCUCAUUCGAUGGGUCCUUGGAGAAGGUCAUACCGAGGCAGCUGCACACAGACCUUCUUGAUGCCAUGGACAUAGACUUCAUGAAGAUGGUCAUGGACCACAUUGAAGCCCUGGACACCCCAGGCCCCGAGGACCCUAGGGAUCGGCAUGCGAUGCCCAGGGACCAAGAGAAAAGAGGGGAGGUCCUUGAAAGAGAAAGGAUAAAGAAGAGCAUGAGCAGGAUCUUCGACUAUCAGAAGUACAUCCAGGAGUCUUUCGAAGAUGUAAACACGAUAAUCCAUCCCUUGGACGAGAGGAUCAGGGUGGAGGAAGUUUACGAUCUCUUUCCGGGCCCUGGAGGCUCGGAUGUUAUCGUCCAGUCGGAUGGCAUUGACUUCCAGAAGACAUCUUUCAGCAUAUCCGAGGAAGAGUCGUCAAGGCUGUUUAGAAAGGCCACCAUGGACGAUGGAAGAGCCCUUACGUGCUCGCCUCAAAGGGUGGAUAACCUUCUUGUGUUCCACGUAAAGAACGGCCAUGCAUAUUACAGCAGCAUCUCCACCCUCUACAGACUCCAGGAGUACAGGAAACAGAAGAAGGGCAAGGAGGAGAAGUAG